AUGCCCGUCAUACCAGUCGACGAAACCCUGGACAUCUCCCAUGUCUCUGGCAACGCUCCAGACAUCAUUAAACGAGUCGCAGCAUACCCCUCCGUUUCGAUGUUCGCCAUAGACGGAGACCACGAAAAAGGAACAGGAUACUCGGAUGAAAUUGUAAAACGGAUGGUGGUGACGGAGGUUUCGAUUGUCAGUCAUCCUGAGGAACCGUCGAAGAAGGUUGGGCGGGUUGUGUGUGAGAUGGAAGUGCAUGAUGAUAUGGUUAAUAGAACAAGGACAAUACAUGGAGGGUGUUCGGCCUAUCUCGUGGACAUAUGUUCUUCAAUAGCUUUAACAGCUUUGGCGUUGAGCAACGGACGAUCGGUGGAUCAUGUUUCUCAGUCGUUAAACAUGGUCUAUCACUCUCCAGCUACUGUUGGAGAUAAAUUAAGGAUAGUGAAUACUACGAUGACGAUGGGGUCUAGAACGAUGUCAGUUAGAACUGAGAUCUGGAAUGCUACUCGCCACCGACUAGUGGCAUCCGGGGUACAUAUCAAGAUGCAGCCGUCCGAGUCGAAACUGUAG